GUAACCGCAGCUGGACGUCGAAGGAACUAAAGAGAUUCAGCAAUUAUCAUAAGCUGUGAUCAUAUCUGUAGUGUUCGAUACUCGUAGCAGUAGGCCGCGAAAUAAAGGCAUGCACCAGAGGACAUCGACGGCUAGUGGGCGGCCGUCCGGAACCGAUGGCUCCGACUACUCAUUCCGAAUGGUGGUAGACUCAAGGUACCAAAAAGUUGCUAAAGGAAAAUCUCAACUUUCGAAGAUAAUAUUCAUUCAGGCAGUUGUUCAUUUGAUAAUAUCAGCACUCUCAUUUUUUGUAGCAGUGAAGACACAGACAUUUGAAAGAUGUGCUUUCUGCUCUGCUGCAAUAGGCUUUGUCUCUCUUAUAAUUGGAGAAUUAGGUCGAAAGCGUAGCAGAUCAAACUUUUUAAAGUUGUAUGUGUUCGGAUCAUCAGUAGCUGUGCUAUUUCCUGCUACAUGUUUUGCCAUGAGCCAGAAUCCUUUGGAGGUUCUUCAAAAUUUCAAUAGCUUGCUGCCUCCAAAUAUUGAAGUCCUGAAGAUUGGUGCUAUUAUACUUGGAUUUUUGGCACAGAUAUUCUCAGUUGCUACAACCGUACCUCUAAUUCGUAAUAUGGCUCUUCCUAAGAGAGCUUCUUGAUGGCUGGAUGAACUAAAAAUAGUCGAACAUUGAUCAAUUGAGGCACCUUAUCAUAAUUUACUUGGAAGCAGGUAUUUCUCAAACACAGAACGGAUGAGAAUAUACAAGAAAGUCAUCUGAUUUUCACUGAGUUGUAACUUAUAAUCGCAUAACUAAUUUUGUAAUAUUUGCUUGAAAAGUGAACAAUGCUGCUUUUAUCCAUCUUACAUGGCUGUUUCACUGUUUGUCCAUUUAUAUGACUUGUAUUUUGGAUAUGCAAGGUUUGACCCCUCUUCUUGCAUAUUUCCUACAUUUCCAGUGCGUUUACACAGUUUGGUUGUUGAGAAAAGAAUAAGUUUCAUUUUUUGUCUCACCAGUGUUAUACAAGAGUCUUUCUCC